AUGACCUGGAGCCGGUUUGAAGAGGUGUUCUUCGAUCGAUAUUUUUCUACCACCACUAGAGAAGCAAAAGUGGAGGAAUUUUUUAACCUGACUCAGAGGCAUCGAACAGUCCAACAAUACGUGGCAAAAUUUAUUGAACUGUCCCGCUUUGCCCCGUACAUCGUUCCUAAUGACGCAAAGAAGGCAAGAAAAUUUGAGAGAGGUCUGAGGCAAGAAAUCUAUGAACAGGUGGCAGUUUUGAAGGUGCAAGAUUUCGCCGAGCUAGUGGAUAGAGCCGUUGUGGCAGAGGCGAGCAGGGAAUAUCCAGGUGCCCCGAGGAGGCCAGUAGAGGAACACAGCCUUGUUUAUGCAUUGACACUAGGAAAUGCUGAGGCAGUUGGUGAUGUGGUGACAGAUGACAUGUUCGAUCAGUUUCAAGAUACACAGGUCUACUCAAAGAUUGAUCUACGCUCUGGGUACCAUCAAGUGAAGAUUAAGACAGAGGAUAUCUCCAAGACAGCAUUUCGAACUCGGUAUGGUCACCAUGAGUUUUUUGUCAUGCCAUUCGGUCAGACGAAUGCUCCUACUGUAUUCAUGGAUCUGAUGAAUAAAGUCUUCCAUCAGUACUUGAACCAAUUCGUAGUGGUUUUCAUUAAUGAUAUACUGGUCUAUUCGAGGAGUUUCGAGGAGCAUGAGGCGCAUUUAAGGCUGGUACUUCAGUAUCAGAAAGGUGUGAAAAGGUUCAAGCUAUGGGAUCCAAUGACAAACCAGGCAGUGAUCAGUAAAGACGUAGUUUUCAAUGAGAAUGCCAAGGUGAAGCGUACUCAGGAAGAAGAUGAAGAGAAACAAAAUCUAAAAAAUUGGGGUAGAGAUGAGCAUGUUGUGUAG